AUGAACGGACGAACCGCUCUGAUCGCCGUUUCUGCAGCCACUCUCCUCGGCGCUAUCUACUACUUCAACGGCUCCUCUUCAUCUUCCUUCAGCAUGGCCGGCUCUGAUACUGCCGAGGAAGGAGUUCCAGGACUCGAAUUCAAGCUCUCGCAGAUAUCGAGGAAUCCCCCUUCGCUACUUGUCACGCUCAAAAACAACAACCCUUCCACCCCACUCACGCUCUUGAAAUGGAACACACCAAUGGAUCCAUCAGCUGCCAACUUAGGCCUUUUCAAACUCAUCGAUGAAGAGACUGGAAACGAGAUUCCUACCGAUGGUCUGAAGGUCAAUCGAAAGAUGCCACCCAGUGAGGAGGAUCUGGUGACAGUUGCGCCAGGGACCGAGGAGGCACACGAGGUUGUCAUGAACAAGCCAUGGUUGCCUGAGAAAAAGCCCGCCACGUACAAGGUGUCAAUGUCAGGAAAAUUCUUCGCCGUGUGGGACAAGUACGGGGGUGACUUGCAGACGAGUGACCUGGAAGCCUACUCAGACUCUCCGUUUCACGGCAGGCACUUUUCGAGCAAUGAGGUCGAUAUGAGAGUGGAGUGA